CCAAAAGAAAAAAAAUAUAUAUCAAGACGAAAGCCGGAGCCGAAGAGUGUGCAGUGGAUAAUGGAGAAGCUGGAGAGCCUGGUGGAGGCUAUCAAGAACAGGGUGCAGUGGAUAACCAAGAAGAAGAAGAAAAGUAAGACGUCGAAUCCGUACAUGAAGAUGGGCAAGAGCGCGAGCGUGAAGAUGGAGAUCAAGAGCCGCAACGCUCGCCGCCUUAUCGAUCGCACCCUUGAAGCCGCCGACCACCCUGGCAAGAUUGCCCUCCCCUCCUGAUCGAAAUCUUAAUUUCUGUCCUCUUAAUUAAUUUCAAAUAAAUAAUAAUAUCAAGUACA